CUGAUUGGUCGAUGCCCACAGAGGGUUACAAUUCAAACGCGGGCGGGCGGGCCCGCAACCCUGCAGUUGCCGUCGUGUUCUCCGAGUUCCUGUCUCUCUGCCAGCGCCGCCCGGAUGGCCUCCCAAAACCGCGACCCAGCCGCCACUAGCGUCGCUGCUGCCCGUAAAGGAGCCGAGCCGAGCGGGGGAGCCGCCCGGGGCCCCGUGGGCAAAAGGCUGCAGCAGGAGCUGAUGACCCUAAUGAUGUCUGGCGAUAAAGGGAUUUCUGCCUUCCCUGAAUCAGACAACCUUUUCAAAUGGGUAGGGACCAUCCAUGGAGCCGCUGGAACGGUAUAUGAAGACCUGAGGUAUAAGCUCUCGCUAGAGUUCCCCAGUGGCUACCCUUACAACGCGCCCACGGUGAAGUUCCUCACACCCUGCUACCACCCCAAUGUGGACACCCAGGGUAACAUAUGCCUGGACAUCCUGAAAGACAAGUGGUCUGCCCUGUAUGACGUCAGGACCAUUCUGCUCUCCAUCCAGAGCCUGCUAGGAGAACCCAACAUCGAUAGUCCCUUGAACACGCAUGCUGCCGAGCUCUGGAAAAACCCCACAGCUUUUAAGAAGUACCUGCAGGAAACCUACUCAAAGCAGGUCACCAGCCAGGAGCCCUGACCCAGGCUGCCCAGCCUGUCUCGUGUCAUCUUUUUCAUUUUUCCUUCGGUGGUCUGUCCUUUUUGUGAUUUCUGUAUAGGCCUCUGUAUCUUGAGCUGUGGUAUUAUUUUUGUUUUGUUUUGUCUUUUAAAUUAAGCCUCGGUUGAGCCCUUGUGAUGUAUAUUAAAUAAAUGCAUUUUGGUCAUUUUUUUAGA